AUGACCGGCUGGGAGUGGUGCAGGGUUCAAGGGCUACCAGCCCUGUUUCUGCAGAUGACCCCUGCAGCGUGCUACCGUCGCCGAGACCAGCUCGGUGUGCCCACCAUCCCAGGAGCUUGGUAUGACUGCCACAGCAAGAAUCAAGAAGAAAAAUACCUUGUUGUCAUCUUUGAGAAUGAGCCCAAAAUGCUGGAAAAGGCUGCUCUUGAAGAGAUACUAGCAGAGAUUGGCAGGCUUAGGAACAUGAGCAACUUUCCAGCCAGUCUGACAUUUGAGGAAGACAGUUACAGGUUGAUGAGCCCUAAAUAUUUUCACAUAACGGAGAUCCCAGUUCCCUUCUCUCCCACCAACGCUGAGAUGGCAACCAUCAGCGUCUCAGACACUGAAGACACAGAUGAUGACCUGAUGGAGAGCCUCCCCUCACAGAAUCAGCCUGUCAGAAAACUGCUCGUAUAUCCUCCUCCUCCAGCCAAAGGAGGCUUUUCCAUUACUGAGGAGGAUCUCGGUUGUCUCGAUGAAGGAGAAUUGCUAAAUGAUGUAAUACUGGACUUCUAUUUGAAGAGUCUCACUCAAGAAGCCCAGAGGAGGCAUCCAGGUGCCACAGGUUUGUCGUAA